AUUGUGAAUUUGGCAUCAUUUGGUAUUUUUAAUAGCGCUGGUCACAUUGCUGGCGAACAGGGUGGCCAUUCUUAUUUUUAUAUGUGCAUAGUCUUACUUGCAGUGAACGAAACUACCAAACCAGACGAUUUAUAUAAGCGCCCCGGAUAAAAAGGAUUAAAAAGAAUAAAAUAUGGCGCAACGUAAUCAUCGAGUAGAUCGUUUUGCGCAAAUGAGCAAGCAGGAGGAGAUAAUUGCCAAAAAGCGACAGGAAAUACUUGAGAAACAGCGCACGGCGCAGCUGGCUAAGGCGGUGGCAGCUGCUCAAACUUUGGCUGCCCAAUUGAAAACCAUUGAGACGUCAACGUCAACGACGACGCCAGUGGAGGAAUUGGAAGAGCAUGAGCAGGAGGAAGAGCAGCCAGCACCAUCGCAAGCUUCACCAACAGCAACGGCGCCAGCCGAUGAGGGAAACGGUUUGGAAAUAGAAAACGGCGAUCUAACGGGGUCAGCUGCUAAAUCUAAAAACGACGAUGGUACGUCCAAAACGCUCAACAGUUUUACUGGUAAGACGGGCAAAAUUACGUUUAGCCUGAAACGGCAACAGCUGCCGCAGCCCAGUGUUGAGCAGCCACCACCCAAAGUGAAAAAUACGUUUUGUAAUGACGGUUCGUUUCUGGAGAACUUUAAGAAAAUCCUUGAAAAACACGAACAACCUAAACCGCCCAUUAUGGUGGCGCCCGUUCCAAUGCCAAGCACUGAGGAAAACAGCACUGGGGAUACUCUCAGCACCGAAAACAACAGUCCCCAGCAGUCGGUGGAUCUGGCGGUUAGUACUAUAGCGACAAGUGCAGCGGCUGUGAUAGCUACUUCCAUGGCUGGCAGCAUAACAGUAUCCAGCGCAGGGCACAAUCAUUUAACAUUUACCAUGCCAGUGACAGCAACAGCGAUGCCGCAGGCUGUGCAACCACCGCCACCGCCACCGUUUGCAUUCAACCCAACACUUUUGGCACAGGGGCCACCUCAAAUGACAAUGCCGGCCUUCUUCCAUGGACACCAUCAUCUGCCUAUGCAGCUACAUCCCGCUGCGGUGGCACCGCCGCCGCCGCCACCACCUCCGCCACAGCUGCCCAUGUCGUUGGCUAAUUUGACGCCAAUUUAUAUGCAAUUAGGACCAACGCAGAUGCCACCCGAAUCAGCUAUGCAUCAAUUGAACGCCAUACCGGCACCCAAAGACUUUGACCUGAAUGCUAUACCAAAACCGCAGAUUAAUCUGGAAGCCAUACAGAUGCCCAAUGUAACUCAGGCAGAGCAGCUGGGUUUGCUGCCGGAGCAUGUGACGAUCAAUCCACCUCCACCACCUCCGCCUCCUAUGCAGUCAGAGGAGCAAGCAUCACAGCAGCCGCAGUCACAGCCCCAGCAGCACCAGAAUCUGCAGAUGCUGCAGCAGAUGCAGUUGCAAGUGCAGCCACCGACACCUCCAGCCGAAGUUUUUUCAGAAACGUGCAUACCAUUGCCAACGUGCAUAGAAAACCUUAUCGCACUGGUCGCCGAAAAUGGUGAAGAUUACGAAGAUAAAAUACGUUUGCAUAGAAGCGAACUGCAUCCGGCCUUGUGGUUUCUUUAUGAUAAGAACUGCGAGCAAUAUCGAAGCUAUCGCUCACAACUGCUCGAUUACGAACGCCAGCGCGGCGAGCGAAAGCUUGAGCGGGAGCGGGAGCAGCAGCUAAGCAAGAUACAGCAGCAGCAACAACAACAGCAACAACAACAACAGCAGCAGCAGCAGGAUGACCACAGUAACUCAGCAGCAGACAAAUACGAUCCGGAAUCGGCAAUUAGCGCCGAUUUUGAUUCAGAUGAUGAGUAUAUGCGCGGCAUGAUGGAUCGCAAUCGCGAUAAUAUUAAGCGACGCAUCGAGUGCCGCAACGAGCUGAGCGACGAGGAGCGACGGGAGCGAGAAGAGGAGGCUGCAAUGGCAACUGCCGGCGAUCCGCACGAGCUGCACCAGGACGAUAGAGAGACCCAGCGGCAGCGCCGCAAGCGCGAGCGCAAAAGUCGCUGGGGCGAGAAGGAGCAGCUGCCAAGCGGUUCAGGCGCACCGACAACCUUUGGAAACCAGAACAAGCCCAUGUUGAGCACAGUCACGCGCAACGAUCCGGCCUUGCUGCAGUACGCACGUCUUAAUUAUGGAUCCACUCAAUUGUCGGAGGACCAAUGGAAGCAAUGCGAAGAGCACUACAAAGUCAAUUUGUUGUACCAGGACAUGAUGCGCAAGCGCCAGGAGAUCGAUCGCCUGGCACGAGGCGGAAAGUUUAAAUACGAGUAUGACUCUGAUGAGGACAUCGAGGGCGGCACCUGGGAGCACAAGCUGCGUACUGCUGAAAUGGAGGCCACACACUUGUGGGCCAAUGCGCUAACCAAACAGAGCGAGGGCAAGCAUCACAUUGGUGAUUUUCUGCCGCCCGAGGAGCUGAAAAAGUUCAUGGAACAGUACGAAGCAAAGAAAAACAACAGGCAGCCGGAUUUAAGUGAUUACAAGGAGUACAAACUAAAAGAAGAUAACAUUGGCUUCCAAAUGCUACAAAAGCUAGGCUGGAAAGAGGGCCAAGGAUUAGGCCAAGACGGUGCCGGCAUUGUGGAUCCCGUCAACAAAGCGCCACAGCGUGAUGGCAACCAGGGCCUGGGCGUUGGCAGCGCCGCUCAGCCAGAGGAUUGCGAUAAUGAGUAUGAUGCAUAUCGUAAGCGCAUGAUGUUGGCCUAUCGUUUUCGACCCAAUCCGCUGAACAAUCCACGUCGCGCCUAUUACUAAUUCACAAAUUGCAAGCCUCAACGCAUAAAAGUAAUAACUGAUGCUUUAUAUUUCUUAAGAUUCACUUUCUGG